AGCCAGAGCCAACAGGCAGCUGAGAGCCGCCUGAGACUGUGGAGCUGUAAACAAACGUUGCCAUGGACGCAGGGUGACGGACGCCCACCGCAAACCACUGACAUGAGGAAAUUAUGUGUUGAUGUACAUUUGUCUUCGUGAUCUAGAAGACAGCAAACCAUGUCUCGGCGGCGGCCAGGGACGGCGGGGUCAGUGCGGUCCAGCUCUGCUGUGGGGGCACUGAGGGUGCGUCCUGGCAGCCGGCCCAGUUCUGCCCGGGAGUGGUUUGAAGCCUACAACCACAGGAGGAAUGAGGAGGCUUGGAGGAUGGAGGAAUGGAGGAACACUGUAAACCUGUAUAAAAGAAGAGAAUGGGAAGCUCAAUAUUAUAAUAUCAUUGCUCAGCCAAGGAAGAAAAUCUCUGACGAAGAGGAGUGGAAAAGGAAAGAGGAAAAGAGACGGAAGCUGGAGGAAAGACGGAACAAAUUAAGAACAUUAUUAAAAGAAGAUGAAAAGCGAUACCAGGAUGAAAGAGAAAAGAAGUACAGAGAAUCCAAGCACCAUACUGUUCACCGUCACUUUAUGUAUCCAGAGGUUGAUAUGAUGAGAACCCGCCUAGAAGACUUGAAAAAGAAAAACCAAGAAGAAAGAAAGAAGCUCUCCGAGGCUUUGUCUUACGAGGCUUGGAGAAAAAGUAAUCCUCAAGUGAGACAGAUGGAGUCUGAAAGAUUCGGUCGUUUUGUACAAGAUGCAUGGGUGAACCAAAGACAGUGGAAGGCAGAUGAAAGGGAGAGAAGAAUUGAAGAGGACAGAAAAAAGGAAAAAGAAGCUGAGGAAAUUCGUCUCCGCAUUGAAGAAGAAGAGAGGAAAGUGCAAGAAGAAAGAUUAAGUAAACAAGCAGAAUGGAAGGUUCAAUUAGAAGCUCAAAUAGAACAAAUAAAGGAAAGGGAAAGGAAAGAUGAGUUAUUAGCAGCAGAAGAAAUAGUUCUAGAGAAGGAAAAGCUUCAAUUGCAUGAAAUCAGUCAGAGGCGAGAUCGGAUGAAAGAAUUGAGACAGCGCAAGGAACUAGAGCUAUUCUGGGCACGUCAGCACCAGCUGAAAUUGAAGAAGCGAGCAGCAGACAUCCAGCAGGAACUUUUGGAGGACGAAGGCAUUGUGGAGGACCUGCUGGGUGGGUUUCCUCCCGAGGAUGUUGACCAGCAGAUGAAGCAGAGGAGAGCAGAAGCAGAGUGGAUGAAGGCAGUGCUUGGAGAACAGCGGCGGCUGGAAGUACUGCGGGAAAAAGAGUAUGAACUCCUCUUUAGUGAAGAGGCUGAGAGGAUGUGGCACAAGAGGCAGGCUGAGUGGGAGAAGGAACAAAAGGCACGUGAUAAACUAAUGACAGAAGUCUUGCAAGGUCUUCAGAAACAGGUCCAGGCCAAAUCUUCAAAGAAUAGUAAGGAACGAGACUUAUUGAAUGCUGAGAAGUCAGCAUUGCAACAAAGCAUAUCAGAAACACGUGAUAAGAUGCAUCUGCUGGAAACUGAAAGGAAGCAGAUGCAGGAGAGGAAGUCGUAUGUUUCAAAGCCUUCAGAAAGAGUGCUCCAGGAGACUGCAGCUCUGAGAAGGGACCAUGCAGCAGAGGAGCAGAAGCUGGAGGAGCAUCGUCGAGAAAUUGAGCGGCUGGAGCGUGAAAUGCAGCAUCUUUGGGGCCCGCAUUAUGCACCUCCACGCUAUGGUCGCAAGAAAUUUGCCUGGUGAGUGGAGAACCUGACUGAAAUAGAUACAUCACAAACUCCUGAAGCUGCACCUCUUGUUCCUAAUCUCAGAAGUGCAUGUGCUUGAUACCUUUAUGGUGGCCACACAUGUAAGGUGACCUGUACUUACUUCCACCAUGAUUUAAUAGCUGUUAUAUGUCUAUGCAGUCUUGCCACAUUGUUGCUUGUGUACAGAAGUCAUUGUUAUAUGGUUUCCUAAUGCUGUAAUUUAUUACUUGACAAUACUUCAUUGUAAAGCUUUAAAUUAGAAUUUGGUACAAGCCGUUGUUUCAGCAAAAUUUUUACUUUUAACAAUAUUAAUAAACUCAUUAAAUGAACUCAUGUAAUGGUAAGAGAGAAGGAAAUGUAAAAUGUGCAAUGAUGUCCAUUUACUUUUAAGGAAAACAUUGCUUAACAUAGUGAAAUAUAUAUUAAGUGACUAAUGCCAAAAAGAUAUUUAUAUGAAUAAUAUUACUUAAUCGUAUAUACAUACAUACAUAUAUAUUUUUGCCAAUAAUGACACAGUAAAGCUUUUUGAUAAA